AAAGUCAGUGCUGAACUUCUGAUAAUAUAUGCAUUGCUGCGUUUGUCCCAGCUGCUAGUACAGAGAGUUGGUAGUAUACUUCCCUAGCUAGCUGUUGCUCACUAGCUUUUCACAUCUUCAUCCUUCUGCGAGUGAGCUCUAGGCCAGUAGCCCAGCAGAGAGGGAUACAUGGCCGGUGGCGGCGCCGGCGGCCAUGGCGGGACGUCGGCCCCAUGAGCUGAGCGGCCGGCUGGAGGGCAUCCUGGCCGACCGCGAGGCGCCGUGGGCCCGCCGCGCCUCCCGGGCGGCCAUGAUAGAGCUCCGGCUGCUGGCGCCGAUCGCGGCGCCGGCCGUGGCGGUGUACGUGCUCAACAACGUCCUGUCCAUCUCGACGCGGAUCUUCUCCGGGCACCUCGGCAACCUGGAGCUCGCGGCCUCGUCGCUCGGGAACAACGGCAUCCAGGUCUUCGCCUACGGCCUCAUGCUGGGCAUGGCGCUGUGCGGGCAGGCCUACGGCGCGCACCGGUACGAGACGCUGGGCGUCUACAUGCAGCGCUCCUUCGUCCCGCUCGCCGCCGUCUACGCCUUCUCCCGCCCGAUCUUCGUCCUCCUCGGCGAGUCCCCGGAGAUCGCCGCCGCGGCCGCCGUCUUCGUCCUCGGCCUCAUCCCGCAGAUCUUCGCCUACGCGGCCAACUUCCCCAUCCAGAAGUUCCUGCAGGCGCAGAGCAUCGUGGCGCCCAGCGCCUACAUCUCCGCGGCGGCGCUCGCCGCGCACCUGGCCCUCAGCUACCUCGCCGUGUACCGGCUCGGCAUGGGCCUCCUGGGCGCCUCGCUCGUGCUCAGCCUCAGCUGGUGGCUCAUCGUCGCCGCGCAGUUCGCGUACAUCGUCACCAGCGAGCGGUGCCGCCGGACGUGGACGGGGCUCUCGUGCAGGGCAUUCUCGGGCCUGCCGGAGUUCCUGAAGCUGUCGACGGCGUCCGCCGUGAUGCUGUGCCUCGAGACCUGGUACUUCCAGAUCCUCAUGCUCAUCGCCGGCCUCCUCGCCAACCCCCAGCUCGCCCUCGAUUCUCUGACAGUCUGUAUGACGCUCGCCGGGUGGGUGUUCAUGAUCUCCAUCGGGCUCAACGCCGCCACGAGCGUGCGCGUCGGGAACGAGCUCGGCGCGGGGCACCCGCGGGCGGCGGCGUUCUCGCUGGUGGUGGUGACGGCGCUGUCGUUCGUGAUCACGGCGGCCAUGGCGGCGGUGUUCCUCGCCUUCCGCGGCCGCAUCAGCUACAUCUUCACGGAGGGGGAGGCGGUGGCCCGCGCCGUCUCCGACCUCUGCCCGCUCCUCGCACUGACGCUGGUCCUCUCGGGCGCCCAGCCCGUCCUCUCGGGCGUCGCCGUCGGCUGCGGGUGGCAGAAGCUCGUCGCAUACAUUAACGUCGGGUGCUACUACUUCGUCGGCAUCCCUCUCGGCGAGCUCCUCGGCUUCAAGUUCCAUCUCGGGGCAAAGGGAAUUUGGACGGGGAUGCUCGGUGGCACCUGCAUGCAGACGGUUAUCCUGUUCUGGACCACAUUCAGGACAGGCUGGAACAAAGAGGUCGAAGAAGCCAGGAAGAGACUGAACCUGUGGGAGGACAAGAAGCAACCUCUCUUGGUUCCCACGGAUUGA